CACAAAGUCCCUACUUUUUUGGAAUCAAGGUUGUAAAUGGCCAUCCCGUCCUUUAAGCACCUCAUGCCAACCCUUUUGGAUGGUUGCAUUUGCUCUGAAAGAUUACAUUACACUCUUAGUAAUUCACAGAGUUGGUGCAGCCUUAAAAAAUGCAAACAGGGCACUUUUGAAGAAGUCAGAGGCCUCGAGAAAUAAAAAAACAGGUCUAGGUUACAAAAUAACGUAAUUACCCUUUAAAAACUGAGCAUUCAGAUGACUGUCAAAGGAAACAAACUGAAACAAAUUGUUUUUCCUGCUUUAAAACUGGAGGCUGAAAAAAUAAGAGCAAGUCUGAACCAAUCUACUGUACACACACACCUAACACACACUAGGCAAACACCUGGCUGAUUCAGAGGUGUGUGUUUCCAGGUAACGAUAAGCCAUAUUUCUCUAAGUGUGUGUGCAGGCUGGAGCUUGUAAGACAUAAACACACCCUCAAAGGUGCACAUUCUUCACAGAAACACUGAGACGAGAGACGCUGCACAGAAAGAACUCUGUUUCAAAAAUGGCAGAAAAGGAGGGAUUAUCUGCUGAUGAUGGACAGUCUGCGGGGGCUCCCUCAGAACAGAGCGGUCUGGUUGCGACCUCUGCAGACUCACACAGUGUACUGCAGGAUGGAUUCAGCUACACUCCUCUGGACUCAAACAGUGACAGAAACAUCCAGCCUUUUCCUCGUUCUCCUAAACUGAAGAAGAAGCUGGCAAACGCUACACCUCCGACUCAGGAGCAGCUGAGCAGACGUUUGGAGGAACUGCAGGGAGAAAGAUCAAAAACUGAGGCUCACAUUGAGUCUCUGAAGAAACGCAGGGCAGACCUCGCUAGAAGCACGGAGGUAAUGAAGCAGCAGGUUCGAGACCACUUUGAGAGCAUGCGGUCCGUCCUGAAGCAGGACGAGCAGGCGGUCCUUGACUCUCUGGAGAUGGACCUGAGACAGACCAGGACCAGACUGGACCAGGUCCUGAAGAACUGGAAACACCACCAGGACCAGGUCUCCAAGGGCAUCAGCAGUACACAGAGAGCGCUGAACGAGUGCGGCAGGAUGGUAGACAACGAGGAAAAGGCUCUCAGUGAAACUUUGAGCUCGAAGAAGCAGGACGCCUCAGAGAAGCAGAUCCGACUGAAUGAUAAGAGAUUUGAAAAGCUCCUGAAGACAUUAUCGUCCAUCUCCAAACAGCUGAGAGCUCAGCUGCAGAGGAAGACCCUACUGUUAGAUUCAUCUCCCAUGGUCAUUGACAGGCAGACCUGCCACAGCGAGAUCACGGUGACCUCUGAUGGCUGCGGCUUGUCUUUCUCAGGCUCCAUCAAUUCCACAUCAGAUCGCCCUCUCCAGUUUGAUAAGGUGUGCUGUGCUCUCGGGGGCUCUCCUCUUCCGGCCCCUCAGAGUUACUGGGAGGUUGAUGUCCGCUGCAGCUCUGCAUGGGCUGUGGGCGUGGCCUACGCAAGCCUAGCGAGAAAGGGGCGGGACAAGGGUGCCAAGCUGGGCCGGAACAGGAACUCGUGGUGCGUGGAGCUCCGUAACAGCCACCUGUCUGCGUGGCACAAUGACCGACAUGUGGCGUGCCAGGGCGUUGGGCAGCCGUUGCUGGGUAAAGUGGGAGUGUGGGUGAAUUACGAGAAAGGCCAGCUGGUGUUCUACGACGCUGACAACAUGGUGGUUCUGCAGAGGUUCUCUGCAGCCGUGACGCCCAUGUUUGACAGAGCUCAUCACCAGUUCACCGAGCCUCUCUACCCCGCUGUACGCUUUCUUAAACCACCAGAGAGCCAGAUCUGGCCGAACCACCUGGAGAUUUGUCACCUCAACAACCCGUGACAAUGAAAUGGACUCAGAUGGUCCUGCUUACCAGGAUCUGUACAAUCCUCUCCUCUAUUCUAUACAACCUCAAAGCGACUUUAACAAGAAUGCUACAAGCUGAAAUUCAA